ACUCGAGGUGGAAUGUCGGUCGUAUAAGAAGGACUAAUUGGACGGUUGUAUCUUUUUUAACCGGACCAUUGCCAGGGGAGGUUGAUGACAGAUUCGUAAAUGGCUGAGGAAGUGUUACUAUCCAGUGCGGAAAUCUCAGGGCACCUCACCUGGCCCCUGCUGGUAGUGGCACUUUUGGCCUCCUUUGGCAGUUCCAUGCUCUAUGGCUUCAACCUGGCCGUGGUCAACUCCCCUGCGGAUUACAUUAAGGACUUCUACAACCGCACCAUCGUGAGCCGAAAUGGCACCGCUCUGGAUGAGGAGACAGUCACUCUCAUGUACUCCCUCACUGUGUCCGUGUUCGCAAUCGGAGGGCUGGUCGGUUCCUUCAUGGUGGGCGCCUUGGUCACUAGGUUUGGGAGGAAGGGAACCCUGGUGAACUCCACCGUGCUGGUCUUCAUUUCGGGAGGGCUCAUGGGUUUCAGCCGGGCCUGCGCCUCCCCGGAGAUGGUGAUCAUCGGCCGAUUCAUCACCGGGAUACACUCGGGUCUUAGCCUCAGCGUUGUGCCCAUGUACCUGGGAGAGAUCGCCCCGAAGAACCUGCGUGGCUUCCUGGGCCUGAUCCCCAGCAUCUUCAUCUGCAUCGGGGUCUUCUGCGCCCAGAUCCUGGGGCUCCACGAGCUGCUGGGAAAGGAAGAGCACUGGCCCCUCUUCCUGUCCCUGGUGAUCGGGCCCACCUUCGUGCAGCUGCUGCUCCUGCCCUGGUUCCCUGAGAGCCCGCGCUACCUGCUGAUCGAGAAGCACGACGUCAACGCCACCAUCGAGGCCCUCAAGUGGUAUCGCAACAAGUGCAACAUCCAGCUGGAGAUGGAGGAGAUGCAGGAGGAGCAGAGGUCGCUGUCGUCGGUGAACACCGUGUCCGUGCUGGAGCUCCUGAGGGACCGCAGCGUGCGCUGGCAGGUCCUGUCCAUCGUGGUGGUCAACAUGGGCAUGCAGCUGUCCGGCAUCGAUGCGAUCUGGUUCUAUACAAACACCAUCUUUGAGAAUGCUGGGAUCCCUCCCCCUCAGAUCCAGUACACGACUGUUGGAACUGGUGCCAUUGAGGUCAUCGCAGGGCUCGCAGGAGGUUUCACCAUUGAGAGGCUCGGUCGACGGCCGCUGAUGGUCGGUGGGUUCAGCUUCAUGGGAUUAUGCUGUGCAGGGAUUACGCUCUCACUCAUAUUACAGACCCAUGUGCCCUUCAUGCGCUACAUCAGUGUGGGCUGUGUCAUCGGGAUCAUCGCUGGCUUCUGCAUAGGACCAGCUGGAGUCCCUUUCCUGAUGACCGCCGAACUCUUCAAGCAGUCCCACCGCCCCGCGGCCUACACGGUGGCCGGCUCCCUGAACUGGAUCUCCAACUUCACCGUGGGCUUCGUCUUCCCCUUCCUCCAGAUGUCCGCAGGGGCCUUCUGCUACCUGGUGUUCUGCGGCAUCUGCGUGGCGGUGGCCGCCUACGUGUACUUCGUCAUCCCGGAGACCAAGAACAAGACCUUCAUGGAGAUCAGCGAGCUUUUCGCCUCCAAAGACUCGGCCAUCAGCAGCCACCUGAAGCUGACCAAGAUGAACGGAUAUGGCACUCUGGACAACUGCACCGCCGUGGAGACAUAGGAAGCCCGGGAGCCGGAGGGAGAGAGCGGGCGACUCUCGCCGAGGAGAUGUGCCGCGUGACGUUAAACAGACUUGAUCAUGGUUUGAAGCGUUUCAAAAUGGUGUCCUCCCCUCGGUCGAAGCUGCGUGCUGAAUGUGCAGGCAUUCUACAUGCUGCGAAAUGGAAAGUGGUUUUUACAACUGUUUUUUGUUCCAAUCUGAUCUCGACUGCAUGUCCCUUUUGAUGCUUGGAGAUCUUGUUUCAGAGUGAACAUUUCUCUGCGUGCUGUGGGGAAAAAUUAUUGGUAAAAAAAAAAUAGUAUUUGAACUUUUCUCUGUGUACACCUGGUCCCUCCCUGUACAUAAAUUGGUUUUAUAAACGUUGUUUAUGAAUAUAUAUUUUUUUGUUUGUUACAUUCAUAGAAGAUCAGGGCUUUCACCUGUAUCAUGAAGCAGAAUUCUGGAGCUUGCUGGGUAACGGCACUGAAUAAAACCUGGUACAGCUCUUUACUUCAGUCCAUGUUCCAGAUUUAGGAGGGAACCAGGAUUUAGUCUGUUCAGUUAUCCAGGUAAUGCUGCUUUGUGUUACAGGCCCCUGUACUCAACAUGGUUUUGUUUAGAUGAUUCAAAAGUAUUUCUGGUGUUCAAGCAUCACCACAUGACAGUUUGCUGACAUUUCACUAAAAAUAAUGUGCUGAAAAGUAUUUUUAACAGCAAAAAGAAAAACGCAUUGAGUGUGGAUGUUAUUCUUUUUUUGAUACUCCUGUUGGGGGGGGCGGGGGAAAUUUGCCAUGUAUGAAAUUGUAGUCCUAGGUAUAGGAUGAUUUUGCAUUGAGGCACUUUCCAUUGACGCAACUGCUGAAGUCUACUGUACAAUGGUGUAAAACCGGUGUUAAUUUAUAUAAAUAUGUUGAAAUUGGAAUUUUGGGCAAAGUGAAUUAAAAUUAAAGAACCAUUCUGCACUUAUUCUGUGAUUGAGUCACAAACCAAAUGCUUUAUACAUGGAUUGAGAGCGCUUCAUUGAUGGCGUAACUACACGCGAAAUCUUCAUCAUGAUUACUUCUGUAGGAGUUACUGUCGUUAUGAUCAUCCUGAAGCCACUUUAUGGCAAGUUAGUUUAAGACAUUUGUUUGCCAUUAAUAUAACUACUGGUAUGGCACUCCCAAACCAUUAUCAUCAUGUUUUGUUGGAGACGAAUAACAGUGAGGUCACAUUUUCAAAGGGCCAAGUGAAAGUGUAUUCUAAACGAGGGGUGUGUGAUGUGGGUACUCUGGGACUGAUUUUUUAUUUUUUUUUGCAAUCCCAGAAUUUGAACCAUGUUGUUUUUUUGUUAAUUACGUGCUUUUCAUGUUUCGAGGGAUUAUUUACUCUAAUUAGCCAAAUACCUUUGCAUCUCAUGAAGAAUAAAUGUCCCAUGUUCACCCACUGCUAAUUGUGCUACACUUAAAAAAUAAUAAUAAUGAAAAAAACUCCAUAAAGAGGCGACAAAAAAUUUAAACUGAUCAAAUUCAGGAUUGAGGGGAAACAAUAGGCUCCUAAUUAGGUUGUCAAACACAUUAGUUUAAGCGUGUUCAUAAUUUUUAUUCCACUUUAUUCACACAAUGUGAAAGGUUUGACUCGUUAUUAAUUGCUUUGAAGUCUUCAUUAUUGACCAAAUUCUGGCCAUGUAUUCACACCUUCACCAGUAGAGCUCAUUUGAUUAAUCUCAAUCUUUAAAUUGAUCAGUUAAAUCAUUUUGUAACCUCUUUCUAUGUAGCUUAUUUGUAGUAUAGCACAACAAGUUAAAUGUGAACCUGGAACUUUUAUUAUUCAAGGCAUCACAGCUAUUUUGACAUAAUUUAGAGGGUAAAUAAUCCUAGCACCUAAUUGAGAAUAAAUAACAGAUUAUUAUAAUUCUGGAAUUGCAAUUAUGGCUGGAACAAAAACCAUAACACAGUGCUACCCCUGGGACAACAUUGCAGACUCUGCUCUAAAGGUUGACAACUUUGGGCCUUAUGCAUAUUUAAGUAUGUAAAAAGUCAUAAUUGUAUUUAUUUAUGCAUACUGUACCUAACCAUUCUUUUUUUUUUAGUACGACACCUCAUAAAUGACUAUAGCUCUGUUUGAUCUGAUUUCCUGCGGUUAGGUUUAUGAAGUGAAUUAUUUUUUUUAUUAUGUAGCAUUCAUAGUUCUGGGGUUGAACUCAUUCAAUUUCAAUUUCCCCCUUGUCUGUGAGCAACAUAACAAUUUACAGCCAACUGUGAUUAAAGAAAUAAGUCUCUUCAGGACUAUGCGUGCUAUUGGCUUCAUAACCCAAACUAGGACUUCAGAUCCAUGUCAGACAGACGGACACAGAAGGGUGUAGUUAAUGUUGUACUAUAUCUGUUCUGGAAACAGCUGUAGAGUUUUCUGGACACAAGAAUAUAUG